UUGAUGUUUUAUUUUUGGUUUUCAUUUAACUUAUUUUUUAAGACCUGGCAUCCUUACUAUCAAUUUAACAUCAUCUUCAGGUAUAUUUUACGGUUUAUAAUAAGCUCAAAGGCCUACUUCAUUCACAUGCUGCAGCUGAUGUUGACAAACCACUUUCAGUUGGAGCUAACAUUAUUGCUGCCUCUGGUGCAGGGGUUGCAACCACAGUUGUAACAAAUCCACUGUGGGUUGUUAAAACUAGACUUCAAACCCAGAGGAUGAGGCCUGGGAUAAUUCCUUAUAGAGGAAUAAUCUCUGCACUUAGAAGGAUUUCCCGAGAAGAAGGUAUACGUGGGCUAUACAGUGGUCUCCUUCCUGCUUUAGCUGGUAUUAGCCAUGUAGCCAUACAGUUUCCAGUAUAUGAAAAUAUCAAAUCUUACUUGGGAAAUAGAGGCAAUACAUCUGUGGAUAAGCUCAGUGCUGGCAAUGUGGCCAUUGCUUCUUCGCUAUCUAAGGUUCUUGCCUCCACAAUGACUUAUCCUCACGAGGUUGUGCGGUCGAAGCUCCAAGAACAAGGACAUGCUCGGAACUCUCCAGUGCAGUAUGCUGGUGCUGUUGAUUGUGUUAGGAAAAUCUUCCAAAAGAAUGGCAUGUCUGGGUUUUACCGUGGCUAUGGGACAAAUUUGCUAAGAACCACUCCAGCUGCUGUCAUCACAUUCACCAGUUAUGAGAUGAUUCAAAGAUUUGUGAACCAAUUCAAAUUCCUUUCAUCUGACGAGAGACAACCAGAUUUACUUCAAAUUUCUAGCAGUCAUGAGAUCAUAGACCGGUGGGAGUAAGAUAU